UACCCCCUGUGUCUAUCUUGUGUUGCCAGCUAGGUAAAUGCUAUCGGCAGAUUCCACAAAAAUUAUUCAGGGGUUUGUGGACACUAAACUGUCACUAUUUCUAAAGUAAGUCUGUGUAUUAAUUUCGCUAUUGCCAUUUAAACGGCCUUGAGCACCUCAAUUUCAUGGAAAGUGUCUGUUUAUUUACAUUACCGAUGGAAAGUGAGGCAAGUUUGUAACGAAAGUGCGACAAGCACAGGGGGUGGGCAAGCCUAGCGGUGUAUUGUGGGAGAGACAGCAGCUACAGACCAGAGGCACACAAUAUGUGCUGGCUCUCGCCUAAAAGGAGGCAGUAUUCUUCAAGCUAAAUCAUGUAAUGUAAACGGCAAAAGGAAAGCGAUUUCAUCUUUUCGUCAAUUAAAAAAACACUCGAUCGGACGAACAAUGUCCAAGCCAGGGGAGAGGAACAGAUUGAACGAAGACCAUGGCAGAAAGCAGAGUUCAAGUUUGGCGAACGGCAUGGACAGUCAUCCCGUCUGUGGCUCGGCGGAGAAGCGGAGUCACCACUGGAGAAGUUACAAGUUGAUAAUCGACCCGGCGCUGAAGAAGGGAUCGCACAAACUGUACCGCUACGAUGGACAGACUUUCAGCAUGCCUAACCCCGGGAUACCACCGGUGGACAUCGUCCGGGACCCGAGGAUCGGUCGUCUUUGGACCAAAUACAAAGAGACGGACCUGCCGGUGCCGAAAUUUAAGAUCGACGAGUGUUACAUCGGCCCGGUCCCUCCAAAAGAGGUGACUUUCGCCAGGCUAAACGACAACAUCAGAGAAGGAUUUCUUACCGACAUGUGCAAAAAAUUCGGAGAGAUCGAGGAGGUUGAGAUCCUGUACAAUCCGAAGAACAAAAAGCACCUAGGAAUAGCCAAAGUUGUUUUUGAAACCGUGAAGUCAGCCAAGGUGGCUGUUCAGUCGCUUCACAACACGUCUGUGAUGGGAAACAUCAUCCACGUGGAGCUGGACCCAAAAGGUGAGAAUCGCCUUAGAUACUUCCAGCUUUUGAUGAAUGGCAGCUAUACUCCACGGACGCUGCCUGUUGGUGGAGAGGAAGCCAGAGAAGUUUCACCUCGGAGCCUGGCAGAAGCUUUGCUGGCCUGCGAACCCAUCCGCAGGUUAUCGGAGAGCAGCUUGUCUGCUGUUGGAGGAGCAUUGCCAUCCAGCAGCUCCACAACCCCUCUGAGUCUGGAGACAGGCUACUCCAGCCUAAGGCAGGACACGCCUCAGUCCCAGGGAACCCCUCACACCCCACGCCAGGCAGGAACACCUUUCUCUCAAGACUCCAGUUACUCCAGUCGGCAGUCCACACCUGCGUAUCAGUCCAGCCGUCCUGAAAGCUCCGGAAGCUACAAGUCUCGCAGACACGAGAGUAAGUUCCAGGAUGCGUACAACCGCAGACCGGAGCGGCCUCAAUAUCGCAGCAACAUGUAUCGAAGCACAUCAUCUGAACAAGCUCCUUUUAAACUACACCAGCUCACCCCACCUGAACCUCCACCAUCAACCCCUUCCUUCAACUACACUGCCCCUCCUCCUGCAACGCCUAACUUUAAGUCAGCCUUUUCACCCUACCAGGCUCCUUUGCCUCCUGCCUUCCCCCCAUCAGAGCCAGCUUUCCAUCACCCAGCCCAAAGGGAGGGUGAGUACCUCCGACCACCACAGCCACCACUGGCAGCUGCCACAGACUUUUUACCCAUCAAGGAGAGACCAGAAACUCCUCCAAUCCCAGAGCCGCCACCAGAACCCGUACCCCAUCCGACUACCCCUCCUCCUCAAACACCAGAGGGCUGCCCCUCACCAGGCUCACCGGUGCUGGAUCCAGAGCGUAACAGCCUGGAUUCCCGCAUUGAAAUGCUUCUCAAGGAAAAAAGGACAAAAUUGCUGCCAUUUCUUGAGGAGCGAGACUCGGACAAUGAGGUGCGAAUGGAGGGAAGUCCCAUUUCCUCCUCAUCCUCUCAGCUAUCACCAAUCCCACCCUACCCCAGCGGUUCUCAAGGUGGGCAGCCAAAUUCCCGUCCCUCUAGCACAGGCUUGGAGGAUAUCAGCCCGACACCACUGCCAGACUCGGAUGAUGACGAGCCCAUUACUGGAACUGCCUCAUUGAUUAAGAGAAUAAGCUCUCCUGUUCAUGAGAAGGCAAACAACAAUGACCUCAAAGAUGGACCUUUUCGAGGCCAUACUCCCACUGAUAAAAUGGACACGGGGCAUCAGUCGUCAGGAGAAGAUAUGGAAAUCUCUGAUGACGAGAUGCCAGGGGCACCAAUAACCAGUGGAGACUGUGGCAAGGACAUUGUUGUAAACUCUGCAGUAUCCCCAAUGCAGACCAUUCCCAUCCACCCUGCUGGCUACCACCCCUUACAACACCAAGCCGGUUUUCCCAUCCCGCAUCCUCACCUGGCCCCUCACUCUGCCGUGCCUCACCUGGCUGGUCACCCUGGAGUGCCUCCCCAUAUGCUUCCACAUAUGGGUCACUACCCUACUGGCAUGAUGUCGCUGAUGCAAAUGGAGCUGAUGAAUUGCCUACGGUGGGAGCACUGGAGCACGGUCCCCAUGUCCUUCCAAAUGCAGCAACAGAUGCUGAGUCGUAUGGCUCAGACUAGAGGGCCCUAUCCAUACCCUCAUUUUAUUGAUGGUGGUGCAUCUGGGCCAUUUGGGGGGCCCUACCCACCUCUCUCUAUGGGUGCUACACCUGCUAAUACAGGAGCACUCGAUCAACAGUGGCAGCAUUCCAGUUUACCAAAGUUCAAUCCAACGGUUCCUCCUCCUGGGUAUGAGACAAAGAAGGAGGAUCCCCACAAGGCCACUGUUGAUGGCGUGCUGCUGGUCAUUGUCAAAGAGCUGAAGGCCAUCAUGAAGAGGGACCUUAAUCGCAAAAUGGUUGAGGUGGUGGCUUUCAGAGCUUUCGAUGAGUGGUGGGAUAAGAAGGAACAUUCAGCAAAGACAACUUUGACUCCAGUGAAGGGUGCUGAAGUAAAAGAAGAAGACAGACCCAAACCCAAUAAGACGAUUGGUUCCAGUCUGCUUGAAAACUGGAACAAGGGUGAAGGGCUUGGUUACGAGGGAAUGGGUCUUGGAAUUGGUUUGCGAGGAGCCAUUCGCUUACCCUCCUUCAAGGUAAAAAGGAAGGAUCCACCUGAGGCUGCUGCAGCAGGAGACAGUAAACGAGCCAGACCGUCCACCCCUGUGGAUGACGAGUUGGAGGAUGAAGACCGGGAUCGAGAUGCAGCUGAGUUCCCUUUGGAUGAUUCCAAAAUGGAUGGCGACGGCACAUCAGCAAAACGACGGCGCGCGCGACCACUUGAAUUGGACAGUGAGGGAGAGGAGGAGGCGGACACAUCAGGAAAGGAGGAGUCAUUGUCUGACAGGGAGGAUGAGGAGCCAGAUCAAGUGAAAGCUACAGACAGGCUCUCGGCGGGCAAGAAGAGUGGUGAUGAGGAGAGUGAUGAUGAAGAGGAUAGAGACUCAUCCAGUGGCAGUGCAUCCUCAGAUUCAUCUGAUGAUGAAGCUGAGAGUUCAGCUUCCUCCAAAGCCAGCUCAGACUCCUCAGCAGUAAGUUCAGACUCUUCGGCAGAAAGCUCAUCCUCUGAGUACGAGUUAAGCUCAGAAGAGGAAGAGGAGGAAGAAAAAGAGACAAAAGCAACAGAUGUAGAGGAUGGCAAAGAUGCAGAUUCGUCCUCCUCUUCUUCAUCCUCUUCAUCUUCAUCCUCUGAUGAGGAGGACAGGGAUGCAGACGUCAAACCUCCAAGUCCUCCAACAGGACCAGUCAGGGAGAUCAAGGAGGAGUCAAAGGACAGGGAAGAGCUAAGUACCAAGUUUGUACGCAGGCCUCCCAGUCCAAAGGAGGAGGAGGUAGAGGACCUACAGCCACCAUCAGUUAAAGGUGUCCCAGUCAAAGGGCAAGACAUCCAUGUCCAUGGCAACAUCAUAGUGAAGUCUGAACCUCUGGAGCAUGUAGCAAACCUUCGGCCACCCACUCCCACAGGAGCCCUGAUUGAGAGUGACCGGGAAACUAAACCCCAAGGUAAAGCAGAGUCUGAACAAGUACCCUGCACCCCUGGUCGAUUAACCGCUUCCCACUUAGAUCCAAACACACCUGUCCCCAAAUCAGGCUCCACAUCUUUAAUUCACCUCCCCCUCCCUCCUCACCCUACAGUAGAAGGUCGUUCCCUCCUCCACCCACCCACUGGUCCCCUGCCUGACUUCCCCCAGCGGCCCAGGCUCCCUACAGAUGAGGAUAUCCCUCGCACUCCGGGCAGGGACUUGAUGGAGCGUGCCCGAGGUCUGGGGAAAUCCCAGAGCACUGACACCGUGCCCAUCACACCUGGUAGUGAUGCCCCUCUAACAGGUAGCAGUCUGUUGCUUAGCUCCCCUCACAUCCCCGGUAGUCCAUUUUCCUACCCUGCACAGUCCCCAGUUCUUAGUGCUGGAAUCCCUCGUACUCCAGGAAGAGACUUAACAUUCACCCCUGUCUUCCCUGACCCCACAGCGCUGGCACUUAAUAGGAACAUAUCCUCUGACAGCCUCGAUGAUAGACCAGUUUUUAAAGAGCCACCCAUCAACACCGUGCCAAACCAGGCCCUGUCAGCUGGCACAGAGCAUUCAGCCAGCCUCCUUGAAGGUCUACCUACUGGUCUCUCUGUAGACAUCUCUGAACCAUCAGACACCACCCUGUCAAAGAAGAAACCUGGACGACCCAAAGGCAAAAAGAUCUCGUCUGCAGAGGAUGAGUCUUUAGAGCUCUCCUCUGAUUCCACAGCUCUUUCUCAGGAAGCACAUCUGGGAGAUUUAUCAAUACAAAUGUUGUCUGCUAAGUCACCCAAACACCCAAGCCUGGACUUCCGGGAAGGAGAAGGAGACCCUCAGACCAUGUUACUUGCUGAAGAUGGCUUCCUCUCUUAUAAAGAGGAGGCACCUGUGGCCACGAAGCCGGCUCGGAGGACGCGGCGGUGCUGGGAGGAGAUACUGUUGGGCAGCCUGUCACCCGUAACCACACCACCCCGGUCAUUUUUCAGCCCACGCUCUGAAUUUGAAGAGAUGACCAUUCUGUAUGACAUCUGGAAUGAAGGUAUAGAUGAGGAGGACAUACGGCUCCUGCAGAUCACGUAUGACAAGAUGCUCCAGCAGGAUAACGGCAAUGACUGGCUAAAUGACACGCUCUGGGUCAACCAUCCUCCUACCAACAUCCCUGGAGUGAAGAAAAAGAGGAGAGACGAUGGCAUGAGGGAUCACACAACCGGCUGUGCGCGAAGUGAGGGAUAUUACAAAAUUGACAAGAAGGACAAGAUCAAGUAUCUACAGAGCACACGACUACAGUCAGAGGAGCCACCGGUGGACACACAGGGUAUGAGUAUUCCCGCACAGGUCCACGCCUCCACCAGAGCUGGCUCAGAGCGCCGGUCAGAGCAACGACGUUUGCUGUCAUCGUUCGCAUGCGACAGUGACCUGCUCAAGUUUAACCAGUUGAAGUUCCGUAAGAAGAAGAUCAGAUUCUGUAAAUCACACAUCCACGAGUGGGGUCUGUUUGCUAUGGAGCCAAUUGCUGCAGAUGAGAUGGUAAUUGAGUACGUGGGCCAGAACAUCAGACAGGUGAUUGCCGACAUGAGAGAGAAGCGCUAUGAAGAGGAGGGUAUUGGUAGCAGCUACAUGUUCCGGGUAGACCACGACACCAUCAUAGAUGCUACCAAGUGUGGCAACUUUGCCCGUUUCAUCAACCACAGCUGCAAUCCUAACUGUUAUGCAAAAGUCAUCACAGUGGAGUCACAGAAGAAGAUUGUGAUCUACUCCAGACAGCAGAUUAAUGUCAACGAGGAAAUCACUUACGACUACAAGUUCCCCAUCGAGGACGAGAAGAUCCCAUGUUUGUGUGGGGCAGAGAACUGCAGGGGAACGCUUAAUUAACGUCCAGUCCAGGUCAGAAAAAUCUCCCAUGUGGUGGAAAAGCACUGGCUGUUAAGUUUCUGUGACUUUUUGCCAGAACCUGGACAAGGAGGAAUGGAUUUAAGUGAGGAGGAAAGGUGUUGAGUCACCUGGAUAGAGCUAAGCUACCUGUACGGCACCCUCCAUACUUUAAACUUUAGAUUGUUUACGAUUUAUGGUGCUCUUAACAGGGAAAACGCAUGGUUUUUCUUUGUGUGAACACACACCUUGCUGGUGCAGCAUUUUCUCCUCUCAUCUCAGCAUUAGACAGUAUUUCAACAUGAGUCCUUCCACAUCCAUUCUGGUUUGUGCAAAAUCUUGAGACCUUCUCUCAUUUUUCUCAUAAGCUUUAUCCACACAUGUGGUACAAAACAAUAGAAACACAUGUUCAGCUGCUUACAAACACUGUUGAGACGCACAAAUCUCCACAAGGUGGAAGGGAGGGGGAGGACUUCCAUCCAGCAGCAGGUGGCAGGACAGCGAAGUUCCUCGCUGCUACCUCUGCAUCACUUUCCCCUGAAAUCAAACUAAAACAAAGCAUCUCGAGCAACACAAAAUGGUUAAAUCAUGCUGCAAAAACCUGGAAUAUUCAAACAACUCUCCAACUUCCACGAGCUAAAAAUGGAUCAUGCUGCUUCCUAUUAGUUUAUGCAAAAGGUUAUGAUGAGGUGCAGAAUUUGCAUUAAUCAUUUUCCAGUGUUCUUUUUUGUUUGUUUGUUUUUGUUUUUUCGGUUUAUUUUGGUAGUUUUCUUCAUGCUUUUUUUUCUCCUUUCAAAGACACUAUGUGUGUGCUUCAGUGUGAAUGAGGCUCAAUUGAGAUGAUAGUUUCGUGAUGGUUUGAGAAUGUGAGUGUACCGCCCCCUGUAGGCUGCAAGCAGAAUUAAUCAUGCACCGUAAGAAAACAGAAGCAAAAUCACAUCCUGUCUUCAUCCACUGAGCAGCAGCAAGCUAAUCUGAGUUUUCAGCUUCGGAGGAGUUAUUAUUAUCUCUUAUUUUAAGUGCCAUACGAAUGUGAAACUAUUUCUUUAAUCUGAUGAGGCUGAUGUCUGUUCCUGUGUUAUAACAAGCAUGUGCAAGGACUUUCUGCCUAUUUGGGGUGUUUGAUGUUUUGACUUGCUUUAUUUGUACCCAGGAUGACUGGCUGAUAUCUGUGUGCUCAUAUGUUUCUCUUUAACUCUUGUUGUCUUGUACCAGUGUUUAAUGUUUGCAGCGUCAUUGAAUAGUCUCUUCUGACCUCCUUACACAAGGGUUGCUAUUUCUUUAUAUUUUAUUAAGACAAAAGAAAGAAUACUGAAAGCACUCAAGGCUUGCACUUCUGCUUCAUACCCUCUUUACACCAGUCAGUUCCCUCUCAAAGACCAAGUCAGUCAUUGCUUUUUUACUCACCUGGAUUAAUAAUGGAGAUUUUCCUUUUUUUUUUUUCACCACUGAUGUUCAUAUUGUAUAUGAUUAGUUGUACAGGCGAUCUAAAGCUUUUUUUUUAUCUUCAAAGAGGUAACACUUUUUUAAAUGCAUUUUCUUUCUCCUUUUUUUUUUAAACAAAAGACUGAGUAUUUAAAAUAUUUUCAGGGAUCUGUAAAGGAAUCUGAAGGUUAAAAGGGUUGUUUAUUUAAAGGAAAAGGUCCACUGUGUACAGGAAAAGCCUCCAUCUCCCUUUUGAAAGAUUGUUUCUUGUAGAAACGUCUUCAUUUUCUGCCCAUUGCGUUGUAAUCCUAAAAUGUGUAAAUAAUGUAACUGUGAAUACUAUAUAUAUUUGUUCCCUGGGAUUUGCUAAGUGAACACAGCUCAGCUGGUGAGCUGGUAGCAGGAAAUUCAGCUUGUGUCAAGCUUCUUUUUUUCUUUUUUUUUUUAACUUUGUGUUGUAAAUUCUAUGAAAAAUUGUUUGCGGUGUGGAGAAUUAAAAAAAAAAGGUGCAGAAUCGGCAUGGGAUGACGUCUGAAGCAUCAGCCGGUUUCUCGUGUCUAUUUAUUAUAUGACAAAUGUAUAAAAAAUUUAAAAAAUAAAUAAAGCAAUUUUGCAUACAACCAUCAA